UGGAUAGUAGAAUGAAUAUGAAUAAUGAAGAAAUUGAUCAUCGUAUUAAUUUUGAAUUUACACGUACCAAUUAUAAUGUUACGAUACCGGAAAAUUCAUUGUCGAAAAUUUAUGCAACAUCAAUGGAAAAAAUGGGCAUUUAUAUAUCGGAUCCAGCAUUGAAUGUACGAUAUAAAAUUGUUGCUGGUGAUCCGGAUAAAAUAUUUCGUGCCGAUCAUCAUCAUGUUGGAAAUUUUUUCUUUCUUCUUAUUCGUGUUAGACAUGAUAAAAAUGCCGUAUUGAAUAGAGAAAAUCGAGCUAAAUAUGAACUUCGUGUACGAGCUACAAUCACUUCGGAACACAAUAAAGCUGUACGUUUUAAAUCAAAAUGUAAUGUCACCGUAACCGUAUUGGAUUGUAAUGAUAUAUCGCCAAUAUUUUUCGAAAAAAACUAUGAUAUCGAUGUUUAUGAAGAUGUACCAUUAGAAACGAAUCUAAUACAAGUGACAGCCAUUGAUCCAGAUAUUGGUUUGAAUGGUGAAAUUUACUAUAGCCUGGCUGAUGAGAGCAUCUAUUUUGCCAUACAUCCAACAUUGGGCAUUAUUUAUAAUACACGCCCAUUAUAUCUACAUCAAUUAUUAUCGACAAAUGAAAACACUAUUACAACGACAGCAUUAACAGAAUUUACUGUCAAUCUAACAAUAUUGGCACGCGAUCGUGGCCACCAUCUUUCAUCACAGACAAUUGAAUCAUCUAAAACAAAAGUAAAUAUUCGUAUAAAGCCAGUGAAUAGACAUGCACCAUUGAUUACAAUCAAACAACAUAGUACAUUAUCCACCACACCCAAUGAAUUGAUUGGUUCAUCGAUUUAUGCCAUAAUACAUGUUAGUGAUGAAGAUCUAGGUAUUUAUGGUCAAAUUUGUUCAUUCAAUAUAAUUGAUGGUAAUCAACGAUCAUUUUUUCGUAUUACAAAUCAAUCAUCAAAUGAUUUUAAUUUACAUUUGAUCAAAUCAAUCGCUGAUUUAUUUCAAUUAUCAUCAUUGUCAUCAACAAAAUCAUUAUCAAUGUUUGAGCUUAUUGUACAAGCACGUGAUUGUGGUCAACGUGUAGCGAAUAAAACCAUACAGAUAUCAUUAGAUGAACAUUUCAGUUUGAAUUUUCAAUUUACAUCAGAAAAAUAUUAUAAAGAAUUGUAUGAAAAUUCAUUGAUUGGCACACAAGUCUUGCAAGUUGAUCUCAAAAUUUCUUAUAGCGGUGGUAUGCAUGAUAAAUAUCAUCAAUUAGAUACAGAAUUGCAAACACAAACCUCACGAAAAUUAAGUGAUAUUCGAUCAUCGACUACAGAUAAUUCAAUACAUUUUUCAAUCAUAAAUGGUAAUGAAAAUGGUACAUUUGGUAUCACUGUUAAUGGUAUCAUCUAUACACGUAGUCGACUUGAUCGUGAAAAUGUAGCCGAAUAUCGUCUAGUGGUUCGUGCACAACAUCAAAUGAAUCAAAUUGCAACCACAAUGGUCUUUAUAGAUAUUAUGGAUGUUAAUGAUAAUUAUCCACAAUUUAGAAAUUUCGAUAUACCACCAAAUGGUAUUGUACAAUUAUCGAUUGAAGAGAAUAAACCAAAUGCAAGUGUGAUAUAUCAUGUGGAAGCUGAUGAUUAUGAUUCAGAAACGAAUAAUCGAUUUGUAACAUAUGAACUAUUGUAUUAUGGCCCGGAUGUUGAUCAAUUACCAUUCGCUAUUGAUCAAUAUAAAGGUGACAUUUAUAUCAGUCAACCACUUGAUUUUGAAUUGAUGCGUCAUAAUUAUCUAUUAUUUAUACGUGCAUCGGAUUGGGGUGAACCAUUCCGGCGACAAAAUCAAAUGGCAAUCAAUAUCAGUAUUGUCGAUUCAAAUGACCAUCGUCCACAAUUUGAACGUAUUAAUUGUACGAUAUAUCUACCAGUUGAAACAAAACCAUUCACACAAUUAUUGAAAUUAUCGGCAAUUGAUCUAGAUCGAUUGAAUGAUCAUAAUAAAAACAAGAAUUACGAAAAUAAUACAAUUUAUUAUCGUUUAUUCACACAACAAUUACAACCAGAAGCUGAACGUUGUUUUCGUUUGGAUGAAAAAACUGGUGAACUUGAAUUGAUUUGUAAUCUAAAAAAAGAGAUAAAAUCAUUGAACAAUCGUAUGAAUGCCAAUGCCAAUGCCAAUAAUAAUAAAAUUUUAUGGACCUUGACAGCAUCAGCGACGGAUGGACAUUAUUUUUCCGAUACAAAUCCAAUAAACAUUGUUCUAGUUGAUGAUGAUAAUAAUGCACAUUCAACAGCAACAACAACAACAACAACAAAAAAUAACAACAAAAGACGAAAAGAUAUUCGAUCUAAACGUUUAUCGACAUUGAAACAGCAACGAAAUAUCAAUGUUCAAUGUAUUGAUUCUGGUAUACGGAAUAAAUCGAAACAACAGCAUAGAAUUUCAUUUAUAUUGGAUUCAAUACAAUUACAACCGGAAGAGAAAGAUGCCAUUCAAUUAUUGCGAAAAUCUCCGCAUCAUCAUCAUCAUCAUCAUGAGAAUCAUUCGCCAAUAUUUAUUGAUAAAUCAAAUGAAAUACGAUUACGUGAAGAUACACCGAUACGAACAAAAGUAGCGACAAUAAUUGCAAAUGAUAGUGAUACAGGAUUUGAUUCAACACUUGUAUGGUCAUUGAAUAUACAAGAAAUUGAACAUGAUUUGGAUUAUUUGGAUAAUAAUAAAAAAAUCUAUUUCGAAAUUGGUCAAUAUGAUGGUAACCUAUAUCUAAUUGAACAAUUAGAUUAUGAAACAAUCAAACAGUUAAAACUAUUCAUCACUGUCUGUGAUCAAUGUGUGGAAAAUCAAAAAUGUUCGAAUAAAACCAUUACAAUCAUCGUUGAAGAUGUUAAUGAUAAUAAACCAAUUGUUGAUGUUGAUGAUUAUGUAUUUAAAAUAUCGGAAUCAACACAGCCAAAAACAAUAAUUGGUAUGAUUUAUGCACAAGAUAAAGAUUCAGAAGAAAAUGCUCGUCUUGAAUAUUUUAUUGAUGGACAUGCGGAUACAUUUUCCAUUGAUCUUCAUAAUGGUACAUUACGAUUAGAACAAAAAUUGGAUCGUGAAACAAUCGAUAAAUAUAUUCUUUAUGUAACGGUUUCGGAUUCAGGAAAACCACCAUUAUCAACAACUGCUGUGAUAACCAUACAAGUUCUCGAUAUCAAUGAUAAUGCACCAUUAUUUUUUCAAAGUUCAUAUUUUCUAAAAGUACGUGAAGAUAUACCAAUCGGUACACGUUUGAUGCGUAUAUCAGCAUUUGAUCAGGAUGAAAAUGAAUCCGGUGAUAUACGUUAUACGAUAUUUGAUACAGAAAAUAAUACAUUUUCUAUUGAUGAUUUGACUGGUAAUAUUCGUCUACAUAAAUCACUGGAUUAUGAAAAAAUUCAACUUUAUAAUCUAACUAUUACGGCCACGGAUGAAGGCAAACCACCAUUAUCAACAAGUACAUAUUUUAUUAUUGAAAUUGAAGAUGUAAAUGAAAAUUAUUAUUCACCGAAAUUUCCGAAUUUCUAUGAUAAUGCAACCAUUAAAGAGAAUAUGCCAAUCGGUUCGUUUGUCACCAAAGUAACAGCAUAUGAUCAGGAUAAUCCAAAUCUGCCAUUAAUUUAUCAAAUUAUUGGUGGUGAUGGUCUUGGUAGAUUUACAAUCGAUUCGAAUGGAAAUAUUUAUACGGCUGUAAUAUUGGAUUGUGAAAUUUCAUCACAUUUUUGGCUUACAAUUGUUGCCAAAGAUCGUGCUGCAGUGCCAUUAGCAAGUUUCUUGGAAUUAUAUAUUGAAAUUGAAAAUGUUAAUGAUAUGCCACCAAUAACAAAAGAAUCAUUCUAUACAGUAAAUGUAUUGGAAAAUAUUCCAAUCGGUAGUCUUAUAUUACAGAUUGAGGCAUAUGACCAAGAUUUCAAUCAUCAUCAUCAUCAUUCAAUGGAUGGAUCGAAUAUAAUUUUAUUCAAUAUUAGUGAUCGACAAGUGCCAUUUGAAAUUGAUAAUAAUGGUUACGUACGAACGACUGAUAAAUUAGAUCGUGAAACCAUUUCAAGAUAUGUAUUGGAUUUAGAUGUAAUGGAACCAAUCAUUAAUGACAAUAAUCAUACGAAUCAUAAUGAAAUGAUGAUGACAACAUUUUUAAAAUCACGCACACCAAUCAUUGUGAAUAUAUUGGAUGUGAAUGAAUUUGAGCCAAAAUCAGUAAUGAAUACAUAUCGUUGUUAUAUGUAUGGUGAACAAAUUGAUAAAAGAUUACCAGUUUGUCAGAUUAUUGCCUAUGAUCAAGAUGAUGAUGAUGGUCGUUGUACGAUUUCAUAUGAAAUAAUUGAAGGGAAUGAAAAAUACUUUCAUCUUGACACGAAUAGUGGACAUAUUUAUCCAACAAAAGAUAAGAUAAUAAAAGGAAGUUAUGAUUUUGUCGUAAGAAUUGCUGAUUGUAAUCAACCGAAUCCAUUUACAUCAACUGUACAUAUUAUAAUACGUGUAUUGGCAGUGAAUAUUCGUGAGAAUAAUCAUAAACCAUCAAUUGAACCAUUUGAUUCAAUUAUAAUGAUUAAUCGUAAUGAAAUUGUUGGCUAUACGGCUGCGUGGAUCAAAUCAUCUGAUGAUGAUAAUGAUCGAUUAUGUUAUCAUAUUAUUGAUGGUAAUGUUGAUGAUUCAUUUGCAUUUCUUGAUACUGGUGCAUUAGUAGUGGCAAAAUCAUUACGUAAUCAAUUUAUCAGUCAAUUUAAUCUGACAUUAUUGGCAACCGAUGGUCAAGAUAAUUCUACUAUUAAUAUUUUAGUGAAUAUUAUGAAUGAUUUUGAUGACAUUAUGUCAUUUGGACAAGAAAAAUAUGUUGUUAAUGUAUUUGAAAACAUAACAGUUGGUAGUGAUGUACUUAAAUUGAAUGUCAUUACUGAUUUAAAUGAUCAGACAUCAUUUUCAAUAUAUUCAACGCAAUCACCGGAAACAUUGACGAAAUUCGAAGUGGAAAGUUGGUCUGGCCGUAUUCGGAUCAAAAAUCGAUUAGACUAUGAACAAGGCAAACAACAUGUAAUGGUGGUGGAAGCAAGAUCCGGUCGUAAACAUAGCCGUUCAUUAAAUCAACGUGCAUUCACUAAAGUUAUAAUCAAUGUAAUUGAUGUGAAUGAUCAAUCACCGCAAUUUAUUACCUCAUAUUUUGAGACAAAUGUUGUUGAAUCAUCAUCGAUCGGCACCUCAAUAUUACAGGUACAAGCAUUCGAUACUGAUUAUGGAAAUAAUGCUAAAAUUAAUUAUACAAUCAUCUCUGGUAAUAUUGAUCAAACAUUCGACAUUGAAACGGAUCUUGGCUACAUAUUUGUUGCGAAACAGCUGAAUUUUCGCCAAUUAUCUGAAUAUUAUUUAUUGGUGAAAGCCAAUGAUCAAGGUCAACCAUCAUUAAGUAAUACUGCAAAUGUACAUAUAUUGAUUACAUUACCGGAUAAUUCACCACCAAAAUUUGAACAAACAAAUUAUGUGGUUGAAGUUCGUGAAGAUGAAAAAGUCGGCACAGUUAUCAUAUCUGUUAAGAUGAUUAAUAAACAGACCAGUUUUUUCACCAUUAUCGGUGGUGAUCCGGAUAAAAUGUUUGCUAUAAAUGUUAAUAAUGGUGAGCUAUAUGUUCGUCGAUCAUUAGAUUAUGAACAUUGUCCGGCAUAUCAGCUGACAAUUGAAGCAUCAAAUUUAAUGGGUGCAAAUGUGACAACCAAAGUAUUUGUCAAUGUGAUUGAUAUCAAUGAUAAUGCACCAUAUUGGAAUCAGACUAUAUUCGAGGGACAAAUUUUUGAAACAACACCAAUCAAUACAUUUGUUCAAACUGAAUCUGGUUCACCAUUAGUUAUUCGUGCUUAUGAUAAGGAUUCAUUCUAUAAUCUUGUCUAUCAAAUUGUUGAACAUGAAGCUCGUGAAUAUUUUCGUAUUGAACCACGUACUGGUGCCAUUUCAUUGAUACGUAUGUUGGAUUGUGAUGAUAAACAUCAACAGAUGGAAUUUUCCGUUUCUGUCGUUGAUGAUGGCACACCGAAAUUGAAAGCGUCCGAUGAUGCAACAGUUCGUAUUCGGUGUUUACCAGUAAAUGAUUGUCCACCUGUAUUUGUUGUGAAUAAAUUUCAUGCAACACUUUUUCUGCCGACAUUUUCAAAUGUUAUCAUCACCAAAGUUGCCGCUAUUGAUUGUGAUUUUAAUCCAGAUAAAAAUAUCGAUAGCUCAAGUGAUUGGAAUCCAGAUCUCAGUUAUCAAUUGAAGUCCACGCAAAAAUUGAAUGAUGAAGAAAAGAAAUUCUGGAUCAAUUCAACAACAGGUCAGAUUAUGACUACGAAACCGGAUAUUAAACUUGGUAUUCAUGAACUUGUAGUCACUGUUAGUGAUGGUAAAUUUACCGGCGAAGCAAAAGUAAUAAUUAAUGUCAAGAAAAUGCCCAUAAGUACAUUACGUUUCCGACAAAAACGUUAUCAAGCAUCGAUACGUGAAAAUUCAUCAAAUCUACGCACAAUUUUAAUGCCAACUAUUGAUGGUAAUAAACUUCAUGAACAUUUAAUAUUUCGUAUUAUGACACCAACACAACUAUUUAAAAUUGCUCGUACUUCGGGUGCAAUACUUUAUCGUGGAAUACCGGUCGAUCGUGAGACAACACCAAAAUUUGAAUUAGCUAUUGAAGUUCAAUCGAUUUCUAUUCGUAAUCGAAUUGCACAAACAUUAAUUGAAAUCAAUGUUGAUGAUGUUAAUGAUAAUCAACCGAAAUUUGUUGGUUUACCAUAUCAAUUUGUUUUCAAUUCUGAUUCUAAUAUUGGUGAUCUUAUUGGCAAAAUUCAAGCUGUUGAUAUGGAUGAUGGUAUUAAUGGGAAAAUACAUUAUUCAAUUGUUUCUGGUGAUCCAAAUAAUCUAUUUGCAUUGAAUACAAUAACCGGUCAUUUAACCAUUGCCCGUACAAUCAACAACAAUGAUUUCAAUGAUGAUGGUGAUAACAAUUACCCUGUUAACUAUACAUUACUUGUUAUGGCUAAAGAUUUAGGUCAACCAUCCAUGAAUUCAAUGAUAAACGUUACAUUACGUAUGAUCACUGGUGGCAUACCAUUAUUCACACAAUCAUAUUAUAAUAUUACAAUCAAUGAAAAUUAUCCACCAAUGUUACCAUUUUUAACAAUAAAAGCCGAAAGUUCACACGGUCGACAAAUUUUCUAUCAGAUUGAAGCUGGAAAUGAUAAUGAUGAAUUUCUACUUGAUUUUAAUACAGGUACGAUAAGUGUGGUGGAAAAAUUGGAUCGUGAAACUACCAGCCAAUAUAAUUUACUUAUAUCGGCUACGGAUGCCAUUUCGGAUACAUCAUCCACAGUUAAUGUUUUUAUUAAAGUCGAUGAUAUUAACGAUAAUCAGCCAAUGUUUACAAAAUUUUAUUACAAUGUUUCAAUACCGGAAAAUUUGAUGGUCGGUUCAUCUGUUUUACGUGUCGAUGCUUAUGAUCCGGAUAGUGGUGCAAAUUCCAGGCUACAAUAUCAUAUAAUGGGAAUGAGUAUGAAUAAAAGUCAUUUCUAUAUAUCGCCCGAUGAUGGAAUCAUUUACUUGAAAAAUAGUCUUGAUUAUGAGACUGAAUCAUUUUAUCAUUUCGAAAUAAUGGUCAAUGAUUAUGGUUCCGUACAAUUGACAUCAACAGCACAAGUUUGGAUCGAAAUAUUGGAUGUGAAUGAUAAUGCACCAAUUUUACCAGCAACAUUUACAACAACAAUCGAUGAAGAUAUUGAUAAUGAUGGAUUUGUAACAAAAAUCAUUGGCUAUGAUGCAGAUGAAAGUGAUCAAGAUAAAUUACGUUAUAAAAUAAUAUCCGGUGCUGAUAUGGCAUUCAAAAUUGAUGAAAUGACUGGUUCAUUGUAUGUAAGGAAUUUGAAAAAUUCACGUUAUCUUUAUCAUCAUCGUCAAGAUCAUCGUGUUACUAAACAUCAUUAUGUUUUGAAUAUUUCCAUUACGGAUGGCAUAUAUUCAUCAACAGAAACGUAUUCAAUCAUAAUUCGACCUACAAAUAAUUUUUCACCACGUUUUAAUCGUAUAUUGAAUAAUGUUGCUAUUGGUGAAAAUCAACCAAUCGGCACAUCAUUAUUAACCGUAAAUGCCACUGAUUAUGAUGAUAAUAUUUAUGGCCAAAUUGAAUAUCAUAUACUGAAUGAUUAUGGAAGAAAAUAUUUCAAUGUCGAUCAAACUACAGGUGAAAUACGAUUAAAAAUGGAAUUAGAUUAUGAGAAAGAUGAUAAAUUUUAUUGGCUAAUAUUGGGUGCACAAGAUCGUGGUAAACGUAUUGGUGUAUCUGCAAUACGUAUUGCAUUAAUCGAUCAAAAUGAUAAUGGACCAAGAUUUAUUGUUGAUGAAUAUAAAUGUUCUGUAUGCACAGAUGUACCUGUUGAUUCAACCAUUUUAUCCGUAUUAGCUGUCGAUGAUGAUGAAGAUGUGGAUAAUAUCGCUAUUCAAUAUUCAAUCUAUGAUGAUGUAAAUGAUCUUGAAACAGUAGCAAUGAUGAAUCAUAUGAAUGAAUAUUUUGAAAUUGCCUCCGAUACUGGUUAUAUUUAUAUUCGUAAGAAUCUUACACAAUUGGCUGGAAAAAAGAUUCAAUUCUUUGUGAAAGCUUUCAAUGUUCCAAACACUAUUCGUAACGUUGGUGGUCACAAAAAUAUUCAAAAACGAUUAAUUUCAAAUGUUGUACCAAUCACCAUCGAAAUUGUUGAUUCAUGCGUUCAUCAUAAACGUGAUGCAUUCCUAUAUGAAGUAUUUGUUAAAGAAAAUAUUGAACGUAAUUCAAUUGUGGCAAGCCUGAAUCUAGCUAAUUAUCAUAAAGAUGUUGAUAUCGAAAUUGUUGGCUUAGAUCAACGUUCAGAUUCAAAUAAAUUCCGCAUCGAUAGUGAUGGACGGAUCUAUGUGAAUGAACCAUUGGAUCGUGAAAUGAAAUCUAAACAUAUUUUAGCAUUACGUGUUUAUGAUAAAAUCUAUCAUGUGACGGAUUAUUUCUAUGUUAUUAUCAAUAUUAUGGAUGAAAAUGAUUGUACACCUUAUUUUGAUUCAGCAUCCUAUUAUCUUUCGUUGGCUGAAAAUCAAGAAAUUGGUUCGACAAUUUUCAAAAUGACAGCACUUGAUAAUGAUAUUGAUCUAUUGAAUAAUGCCCUGAAAUAUAGUAUACGCAAUGAUCAUGAUGGCACAUUUCGAAUUGAUGAAAAUUCUGGUUGGAUCUCAUUGACUAAAAAUUUAGAUCGAGAAACAAUGGAACAUUAUAAUCUACAGAUUGAUAUAACGGAUGGUUUACAUGAAAAUUCUACAUCACUUUAUAUUGCUGUUUAUGAUGUUAAUGAUAAUCCGCCUGUAAUUGAACCAGCUCGUUCAAUUGCAGCAAUCUAUGAGAAUAGUUUUCUUGGUACCGUUAUUCUUCGCAUUAAAGUUGAUGAUCCAGAUAUGAAUGCUGAACUUCGUUAUUAUAUAUCAAAAGGUGACCAUUUACAUCAUUUUGCCAUAUCAUCAUCUGGUGAUGUUUAUGUAAAUAAAUCGCUCGAUCGUGAAAUGAUUGAUCAAUAUUCAUUAAAAAUAUUGGUUACGGAUGGAAAAUAUCAUACGGAAUCUGAAGUUUUAAUCGAUGUCUUGGAUGUAAAUGAUAAUGGUCCGAUUUGUGUGAAAUCAAAAUAUGUUGAAAUGGUUAGUGAAUCGGUUCCCAUAGGAACACAUAUUCUUACAGUGGAAGCUGUCGAUCAAGAUGAUGCUGAAAAUGCUAAACUUUAUUUUGUGCUUGAUGGUGAUCAUAAAAAUCAUUUCGUUGUCGAUGCAUUUAGUGGCCGUUUAAAGACGAAUGCAAAACUUGAUCGCGAACAUCAUUCAAUCUAUCUAUUCAAUGUUAUCGUAUAUGAUUAUCAGAAUCGUGAUUGGCAUUGUACAAGCAAUGUUGAAAUCCUUCUAAGUGAUAUUAAUGAUGAACCACCUAGAUUUUUAAUGCAAUUGAAUUCAGUUCAUGUACCGGAAGAUUCACCUGUUGGUAUGAUACUUGGAAAAGUUAGUGCCAUCGAUCUGGAUAUUGGACUAAAUCGUCAGAUUACCUAUGAACUGAUUGAUUCUACUGGUGAAUUUCUUAUACAUGAAAAUAGUGGCAUUAUACGUUUGGCUAAAACAUUAGAUCGUGAAACUUGUUCAUUCUAUAAUCUAACGAUUAUGGCUUAUGAUUCAAAUAUGCCAAUGCUGAAUUCAACAACAUCAUUUACAGUGAAUGUAACCGAUAUUAAUGAUAAUGCACCGGAAUUUGAAAUGCAAUCAUAUAAAGCCAAUAUCGAUGAAAAUGUUGCUAUCGGUACUGAAGUGAUACGAAUAUUUGCAACAAGUAAAGAUACUGGCAUUAAUGCUGAAAUACGAUAUAAAAUUAUCAAUGGAAAUAUUAACGAUACAUUUGCUAUUGAUAGUAAAACCGGAUCAAUACGAGUGGCAAAUGAUCUUGAUUAUGAACAAAGUAAUGAAUAUUUUCUUAUCAUUGAAGCUAAAGAUCAAGGCAUACCGCCAUUAUCGAAUGAAGUUAAUCUAUUAAUAAAUGUUAAUGACAUUAAUGAUAUGCGUCCACAAUUUUCUCAACGUUCAUAUGAAAUUGUCAUACGUGAAGAUGCACAGAUUGGCGAUAAAAUCUAUCAAAUUGUUGCCAGUGAUGGUGAUUCACCUUCAAAUGCCAAUCUAACAUAUUCAUUUGUGAAUGAUAAUCUUUCCUAUAAAGAAUUUAAUAUUGAACCAUUACUUGGUAUAUUGACUGUUGGCAAACAACUAGACCGUGAAAUGUUAUCAUCAUAUAUACUUGAAGUAUUUUGUUCGGACAAUGGAAAACCGGUGCCAUUUUCUGCAUCCGUAUUGAUUAAUGUUGAAAUAUCCGAUUAUAAUGAUAAUGCACCUAUUUUUGAUAAAAUUAAUCAAACUAUUCAUUUGAAAGAAAAUCGACCGAUUGGAUAUAAAUUUUUUGAAUUCAACAUUCAUGAUCCAGAUAGUUCAUUGAAUUCUGGACCAUUCAAAUUUGAAUUUGUUGAAGGCAAUCAAGAUGAAAAAUUCAUUAUCAUUGAUUGUACGUUGCAUACAAAUACUGUUUUCCGCCAUCAAGAUCAAUCGGAAUAUAAUCUUGUUAUCAAAGUAACCGAUUCCGGUAAUCCACCAUUAUCGACUAUUGGAUGGCUGAAUAUUUUGAUUAUACAAGAAUCAAAAACACCACCAAAAGUACAUCCAUUAUCGAUUGCUAUAAAUUCAUUGGAUCAUUUCCCAGGUGGAUUGAUUGGUCAAAUUAAUGCCACCGAUGAUGAUCCAUUCGAUAAACUUACAUAUAGUUUGGCAAAUCCUGAUGAUAAUCAGAAUAUUUUUGCCAUCGACAUGAAUGAAGGUUUUAUACGUGCAUUACCUGGAUUAGAUAUUGGUAAAUAUCAUAUUAAUGUCACUGUAUCGGAUGAAAAAUUUCAAUCAUGGGGUUUGAUUGAAAUUGAAGUGAUUGCCAUUACUGAAUCGAUGAUUGAAAAUGCAAUGGUCAUCAAAAUCUAUUCGAUAAGAGUGCAAGAUUUUUUUAAUAAUUAUUUGAAAAAUUUUAUUCGAUCAAUGAAAACAUUAUUCAAAGUUCGCACAAAUGAUGUGAUUAUACUUAGUGUUCAACAAGUUAUUUCAUCAUCGACCACGACUGUAGCGACACAAAAACGUCGUCGACAUAAUAAUGAACAAUAUGAUUCAGUGAGCUUAAUGUUUGCCAUAACAACAAAUGAUAAUGAUGAUAAUCAUCCAUCGCAUCAUUUAAGCCGUGAAACGAUUCGUGCCAAACUGAUGGAAAAUAAAUAUUUUAUCGAAAAUCAAAUUGGAUUAUCAUUCGAUGAAUUAUCACAACGAUCACAAUGUCAAGAUAUUCAAUGUGAAAAUGGUGAAUGUCGUGAAGAAUUAUAUUUGAGUGAGAAUCAAAUCACAUAUGUUGUUAGUCAAAAAUUUACAUUCGUAUCACCGUAUCAUGAAUUUCGUUUCGGUUGUGCUUGUAUGCCUGGAUUUGGUGGUCAAUUUUGUAAUGAAACAGUGAAUGAAUGUUAUCGUAAUCCAUGUCCAGCGAAUAAAGAAUGUUUACCAGUAUCAUCAUCAUUAGGUUAUAUUUGUCAAUGUCCAUUUGGGAAAUCUGGUGUCGAUUGUAAUCAGAAUGCUGAAACAUGUCAAUCGAAUGAACGUGAUGUACUUGUUUGUUAUCAGGAAUUUAAUCCAAUGUCAUUUAAUGGGCGAUCAUAUGUACGAUAUUUAUUUGUGAAAAGAAUCGAUAAAUUAUCAUUCAGAUUUCGUACACAACAAUUACGUGCGCGUAUUUUAACCCAACAGACUGAUCGAUCGUUUAUUAUAUUAGAAAUUGUUGCCGGUUAUAUACAAUAUCGGUUUGAUUGUGGUGAAGGCGAAGGUUUGAUACGUGUACAUAAUCUGUUUGUAAGUGAUGGAAAAUGGCAUGAAAUUAUUGUCGAACGUAAAGAUAAUACAGCAUCAUUGAUAUUGGAUCGAAAAUAUCGUAGUGGUGGAUUUGCACCAGGUGCACCGAUGUCAUGUAAUCGUUUAAAAUCAGAUAUUUAUUUUGGUGGCGAUGUUAAAUCCAAUUCGGAAAGUAUUGUUGGUGAUGAAGAAAUCCUGCAUGGAUUUAAUGGCUGUUUAGAUAAUAUCUUAUUCAAUGGACAACAGAUUCCUUUUCAUAAAACAUCGAGAUCAGCAAUCGUUAUAUUGAAAACAUUGGCCAAUGUUGAAUUUAGUUGUUCAUUCAAAACAAAUAUUGGCGCUUGCCGUUCCCAGCCAUGUAUGAAUGGGGGUCAAUGUGAAAAUCUUACGAAUGGCUCAUACGUAUGUCAAUGUCCAGGACAUCGUUAUCGUGGCAUUCAUUGUGAAAUCGAUACAUUACCAUGUAGUAUAUCACCAUGUCAAAAUGAUGGUAUUUGCAUAUCGGAUAUUGAUGCAUGUGAACAAAAUCAUUCACCACAAUGUUAUCGGUGUCAAUGUCGUUCAGGAUAUGCUGGAAUUAAUUGUCAAAUACCACAUCAUUGUAGUGCUAAUUAUUGUCAAAAUGGUGGUGUUUGUGAAGAAACAUCUAUUGGGCCAAAGUGUCAUUGUCAUGCUGGUUGGCAUGGUUUAUAUUGUGAUCAAGAUAUUGAUGAAUGUCAUCUCAAUACACCGGCUUGUCAUGCAUCAGCAAGUUGUAUCAAUCUACCUGGAACAUUCCGUUGUGUUUGUCCAAUAAAUUCAACCAUCAAAUGUAAUGGCCACAGUCUAUUGACAAGCAAUUUGAUUGAAUCAUAUUUUCAUAUUUCAUAUAAAGAAAUGAUGAUUGUCAUCAUUAUACUUAUUGCUCUCGUAUUCGUUGCAUUCUUUAUUGUACUUUGUUGUACUUGUUGUAAUCGACCAAGAAAAAAGAAACCGAAACCAGAAAAAAAUAGUGAAGCUGAUGAAUCAUUGUUGUCGGCGAAACCAGCGAAUCGUACAUCAUCCACGUUAUAUCAUGAAAAUUGUGAUCAUCAAUCUAUGAUUAAUAAUAAGGAUAAUAAUUUUGAAAUGACAAAUAUGUCGAAUAAUAUAGCUGCAGCUACAAUCAAUCAUCAUCAUCAGAUUAAAUCCGCGGCACAAAAUUAUCAAGAAUUAUACAAUAAUAAUAAUACCGAUUGUAAUAGUGUAUUGAAUUCUGAAGAUUAUGAUCAACAAACACCAGUUAUCGGUAUUAUUGAUUAUGCACAAAAUUUCAAGAAAAAUGCACCCAUUGCAAGUGUAUCACCACAAAUGAUUGAAACAAUUAGACAUCAAUCAUCAUCAUCGAUGAUUAGUAUUAAUUCGAAUAAAGAUAAUAAAAAGAAUAAAAAACGUUCCAAAAUAUCUGGUAAUAUUCACUCAUCAACAGGUAAUAAUCUUGAAAAUCAUCAUUAUCAUCCUCAUCAUCGAAAACGUACAUCACUUAAUGAUUCAUCUGAUUCAAAUGUGACAAAUUCAACACAAACCGAAGGCUAUCAUUGGGAUACAUCGGAUUUAUAUCUAGCCGGUAGUAAUGAUCAGCAGCAGCAGCAACAACAACAACGACAACAACAUGUUGUACAAUAUAAUUUCAAUAAUUCAAAUAUAGUUAAUGGUGCAGAUAAUGUUGAUACAAAUUGA